GACUAGCCAUCAGACUGUAUAGUAACAACCGAAACCCGGAGAAGCCGAAAAGUCUGCGAAAGGGACGGGAGGCGGGAACCUGAUUUGAGGAGGAGGCCAGCCAAUCCCGCGCUCCCUGGGAGGAAGAGGAGGAGCCAGAGCCCGUGGGUCCCCGCACUGCUCACUCCCGCGCUGCGCCGCGCCGGCCCCGCAGUCUCCUCCCUGUCCCGCGCUGCAGCCCGCUGUGGACUUCCCCGGUGCAGACAUGGCCUCGGGCUCCGCCUGCACAGCGGUGAAGAUUGGAAUAAUUGGUGGAACAGGCUUGGAUGAUCCCGAAAUUUUAGAAGGAAGAACUGAAAAAUAUGUGGAUACUCCAUUUGGAAAGCCAUCUGAUGCCUUAAUUUUGGGGAAGAUAAAGAAUGUUGAUUGCGUACUUCUUGCAAGACACGGCAGACACCACACCAUCAUGCCUUCAAAAGUCAACUACCAGGCAAACAUCUGGGCCUUGAAGGAAGAGGGCUGUACACAUGUCCUCGUGACCACAGCUUGUGGGUCCCUGAGAGAGGAGAUCCAGCCAGGUGACAUGGUCAUCAUCGAUCAGUUCAUUGACAGGACAUCCCUUAGACCUCAGACCUUCUAUGAUGGGAGUCAUUGCAGUGCCAGAGGAGUGUGCCAUAUCCCAAUGGCUGAACCGUUUUGCCCCAAAACAAGAGAGGUCCUCAUAGAAACAGCUAAGAAGCUUGGACUCCGGUGCCACUCAAAGGGGACGAUAGUCACAAUUGAGGGGCCUCGUUUCAGCUCCCGGGCAGAAAGCUUUAUAUUCCGUACUUGGGGCGCGGAUGUUAUCAAUAUGACCACUGUUCCAGAGGUGGUGCUUGCUAAAGAGGCUGGAAUUUGUUAUGCAAGCAUUGCCAUGGCAACCGAUUAUGAUUGUUGGAAGGAGCAUGAAGAAGCAGUGUCAGUGGAUGGGGUUUUAAAGACCAUGAAAGAAAAUGCCAAUAAAGCCAAAAGUUUACUCCUCACUACUAUACCUCACAUAGGGUCGAUGGAAUGGUCAGAAACGCUCCGUAACCUGAAGAACAUGGCCCAGUUUUCCGUUUUACCACCAAGACAUUAAAACAGCAUGGCUGACACAAGAAGACUUUCUACUUCUAGUCUUUGGGGAAUUUGGCUUAAACAAAAAUGGGAAAGAUACGCAGCCUUCAUGCCUUUGCCUGGAAAGAAAGACACUGUUAGCGAUUCAACCAAGAUCCCGGCUCCUCCAGGACCCAGAAGGAAAGCAGACAGCCUGCCAGACAAAGCCCGAGAGCACAUCUGUCUCAUUUUCCCUAUUAAACUGACAGCAAGGAAGACUGGUGAGAACAUCCACUUCCCUACACUGCUAAGGAACCAAUACGAGCUCGAGAUGGGACUGUGAUUGUAAACUGGUGCCAUGUUUCUGGCACCUUGGUAUUUAUUCUAGGAGUUUCUCUUGAAGAAGUUAUGAGAUACUCAUUCGAAGAAUCGUGUAAAAGAAGGACAUUUCCUGUCAUAGUAAAAUAAUCAAAACUAUCUGAAUAUCAAAAAAAUUAGGUGUGUUGUAUUUCCGUUAUACUUAGGCUAUGGAGCAAUCAAGUGGAAAUCAUAUUUUCUCACAAAGAAAUGAUCAAUCUUUUUCUCUACUUUUAAGUAUCAAAUAAUAAAGUUGUAAAAAUUAAAAUGGACUUAGAGAACUUUGAAACUCUUUUGGUGGUGAAGCAAAGACAAUAAUAUAAAUGCUCUGUGUAUGUGAUCCAAGAUAUAUAAGCCAAAUAACCCCAUUCCCCAAAUAAAGAAAUAAAGAAAAGU